AUGUCAGGUCAACCCCCUCCUAACGGUUUCAACCCCGGUGCAUUCGAGUUCAGACCCGGUCAAGGUGCACCCUUUGUUCCUCGAGGUCAGCAACAGCAAGGUCAAGGUCAACAGGGCUAUCCAGGACAAGGACAAGGGCAAGGGUAUGGUGGGUAUAAUCAAUAUGGUGGUCAACAAGGUGGUUACGGAGGAUAUCCUCAACAAGGUGGUGGUGGUUAUGGUGGUUAUCCUCAAUAUGGUGGUGGAUACCCUCAACAACAACAACAACAACAAACUCAAUCACAAGCUUAUAUACCACCCAAUGCCAGAGGUAAUUUCCAACCUCAAGCCGUAAGGAACGUCCAGGGAUUCCAACCUCCAAACUUACCUCCUACUUCUUCAUCACCCAAACCCGACUCUACACCUGCCGGUAAACCCGUAUCACUCUCUAUUGGAGGUGGUGCACCCAAAGCGGCACCAUCACUAUCCAUCGGUGGAGGAGCACCUAAAGCAGCUCCAUCUCUAUCUAUAGGCGGUGGUGCUCCCAAAGCCGCUCCGUCUUUGUCGAUUGGUGGUCAGCCCAAAGCCGCUCCUUCAUUAUCAAUCGGUGGUGCUCCCAAAGCUGCCCCUUCGUUAUCUAUUGGUGGUGCCCCUAAAGCAGCUCCGUCAUUAUCCAUUGGCGCGGGUAAGAAACCUGAAGAGAAGAAAGAAGAAGAGAAGAAAUCUGAACCCGUCGAGGACUCUACUCCCGCUCCAGCAGCUACCACCGAUGCUCAAGUGAAAGUCGUCGCUUCUACCACCGACGCACCUACCCCUUCAGCUUCAUCUACACCUGCCCCAACUUCCGUCGCUGCGUCCGGCACGUCCACACCAUCCGGUACGAACUACACCAAGGUUUCAGCUAAGAACGACGCGGAUGCGAUUUUAAAGGAACAAGCAGCAGCAGGUGCAGAAGCUCUAAAAGAUCUAUAUGGAGAUGAUGUGAAAGAUACCAAUUCGAAAUCGCACUUGAACAUCAUUUUCACUGGACAUGUAGAUGCUGGUAAAUCCACUAUGGGUGGACAAUUGUUGUUCCUUACCGGAGCGGUAGAUAAGAGGACAAUGGAGAAAUACGAACAAGAAGCUAAAGCUGCAGGAAGAGAGACUUGGUAUUUGUCUUGGGCAUUAGAUUCGAAUAAGGAGGAAAGAGCUCAAGGAAAAACUAUCGAAGUGGGAAGAUCAUACUUUGAGUCGGAGAAACGAAGAUACACGAUUCUGGAUGCUCCUGGACAUAAAACUUAUGUGCCAUCUAUGAUUACCGGUGCAGCUCAGGCGGAUGUAGCUAUUCUGGUGCUUUCGGCAAGAAAAGGUGAAUUUGAAACCGGUUUCGAGCGAGAAGGUCAAACGAGAGAGCACGCAAUGUUGAUCAAGAACAACGGUGUCAACAAGUUGAUCGUGGCUGUCAACAAGAUGGACGAUCCAACCGUGCAGUGGGAUAAAGAAAGAUAUGACGAAAUCUGCAAAAAAAUCACACCUUUCCUCAAAUCAGUCGGAUUUAACCCUAAAACCGAUCUCACCUUCAUCCCUGUAUCAGGUCAAAUAGCACAAAAUAUCAAAGAUAGGAUAGAUAAGAAGAUUGCUCCUUGGUAUGAGGGUCCCUCUCUCCUCGAACAUCUUGAUACGAUGGAGGUGGCAGAAAGAGAUAUUGAUGCGCCCUGCUGUAUCCCAGUGUCUGAGAAAUAUGCUGAGCUCGGUACAAUGAUCAUGGGUAAGAUUGAAGCGGGUCGGGUUAAGAAAGGACAUAAGCUACUCAUGAUGCCUAACAAGACACCAGUCGAAGUCAGUGCGGUAUACAGCGAACAAGGCGAUGAAUUGGAACAAGGAUUCUGUGGUGAGAGCGUUAGGGUGAAGCUCAACGGUAUAUCAGAUAAAGAUAUCACACCUGGAUUCGUUUUGUGUUCGAUUCAAAAACCGGUCAAGACGGUAACAGCAUUCAGAGCGGAUCUCAGUAUCUUGGAAACGAAGAAUAUCAUCUGUGGAGGUUACACUUGUGUAUUGCACGUACACACCUUGGCAGAAGAAGUCACCUUGACUGCUUUACUCCAUUAUUUUGACCGCAAAACUAUUGAGUUGGCUUUCUUCUGUUCCUACCAUGCAUAUGCUAACAUCUGA